UGGUUUGUUGUUGCUGCCUGCAGCUUUCUUUGAUUGUGUUUGACAUUUGCUUGCUGGUUAGGUUUGACAUAUGUUAUUACUAAACAUUUGUUAUCACAUAAAUUCGAUCAAUGUGAAGUUGUGUGAAUAAAUAGUUCACAUUCGUUUGCAAAAAAAUGCAUUUCGUAGCAAAGGUUCAAUGUCGCCGGCGCAAUGAUGUUGAUAUGUGCUCAACACAGAAGUACUAGCAGUGCCUUCAUUAUAGAACGUAUAGUUUUUCUUUAUUUGUUUGCCCUUACACUUUGUAAGUGGGGUCACCGCUUUAUUGUGUCAUGUCGGUGCCGGCUAUUCAGACCAGUAAUGUUUUGUACCGAAGGAUUUUGUCCCAGUUCCCACAGGAUAUCAGCCUGGCAUUUACAUAUGGCUCAGGGGUGUUCAGGCAAACUGGGACCACUCAAGGGCAAAUGGGGAACAACAUGAUAGACUUUGUGAUUGCUGUCGAUGAUCCACCAACCUGGCAUACUAUGAACCUGAUGCAGAACCGGAAGCAUUAUUCCCUCCUGCGGUUCCUGGGCCCCAAACAAGUCAGCAGCAUGCAGAUGAAUUAUGGAGCAGGAGUCUAUUACAAUACAUUAGUGCCAUGUGAUGGCAGGGUGAUCAAGUAUGGUGUUAUCAGCACUGAUACAUUAAUCGAAGACUUGCUUCACUGGAAAACAUUGUAUGUGUCUGGGAGGCUCCACAAACCUGUUAAAAUCCUGGUGCAGAAUGAGAAUGGAAAGCUGCGAGCUGCACUGGUCAGCAACCUUAAGAGUGCGGUCACUGCAGCUUUCCUCAUGCUUCCAGAGAGCUUCUCAGAAGAGGAUCUGUUUGUCCAGAUUGCUGGACUCUCGUAUGCAGGGGAUUUUAGGAUGGUAAUAGGAGAAGACAAAUCCAAGGUGCUGAACAUUGUCAAGGCCAACCUGCCUCACUUUCAGAUGCUGUACAGCAACAUUCUUCAGGAUUGCCCACAGGUGGUUUACAAGCAGCAUCAGGGCAAAUUGGAGAUUGAUAAAAGCCCAGAGGGUCAGUUUGUUCAACUGAUGGGUCUGCCCAGGACUCUCCAGCAGCAGAUCACCCGAAUUGUGGACCCCCCGGGAAAGAACAGAGAUGUAGAAGAGAUGUUGCUGCAGGUGGCCCAGGACCCAGACUGCGGAUUAGUAGUACAGCAAGGUAUAUCUGCAAUAGUGAAAUCUUCAAGCAUAACCCAGAGUGCAAAGGGAAUUCUAACUGCUGGCCUUUUGAAAACUGUGUCAUAUAGCAUGAAGAAACUCCAGAAAAUGUGGAAAGGGUCGAGAAGGAAGUCCCACUGAUCUAUCUCUGUGCACACUGUAUAGUCAUCAUUAAAGUCUCCUAUUUUGUUAAUAACACAAUAUGUGCCUGUAUGUUCGUGUGGAAAUGUUUCUUGCUUAUUUAAAGGUAGCACUUGAAUUUGAAGUUUUUAUUUCUCUCUGAACUUGAUGGUCAAUUGAUAUUUGAAGCGGUUUUAAGCAGCGACUCUGAUAAAAAAGGGUUUGGAUCUGUUAGAUAUGAGAGAUCUAGUCAUUUAUUGAGAGAAUUUAACAGAAAAGUACAUGCAGUACAAGCAGUUUACUCCUCAAUCUGUGGCAUGACUGGUACAUCCUGCAGAGAUGAUACAACAACUUUAAACAUCAAAUAAAAUUCCUCUUCCACGGCUGCUGUGAAUACCUCAGGAUGCUUUCCUUCGUGACAAGUGCACUGAUAAGUUGAAUUGCUGUGAAGGACCCUUCAAAUAUUUCUCGUCCCAGUGUUUGAGAUGAAUUAAAUCUGUGUGCGUUCCUCGUAGCACCUAUUCUUCUAAUGCAGCUGCUGCACCGGCAAACAGAAGAUGUGGAAAACCGUGAAGACAACCCUGAAUCCUAAAUGCAUAGUAAUUUCUGCUCAUUGGACUACAGCUGCAAUAGUGUAACCUGGCUUGAUAACUGAACCCUGAAAGGUCAACACAUACCAGUGACAGGCAAAAUAGUAACUGUCAGAAUAAUGGCUGGUUUAAUUUAACAUGGAGCUCAAUGAAAGCAAGAUUUCUAAAACUUUACGGUACAUGUCUGAAAUAUAUUCAGUGGCUAGAUUUCCUGCUGAAUGAAGAAUAGAAUUGAAAAAUAUUUCAACUCA